CAUGCGGCACUACUGCUUGCGGUGCUUGCGGCACGACUGCUUGCGGCGCUUGUGGAGCAUGCGGCACCACUGCAUGCGGAGCCUGCGGCGCAUGUGGCACUACUGCUUGCGGUGCAUGUGGCGCGACUGCUUGCGGCGCAUGCGGUGCCUGUGGAGCAUGCGGCACUACUGCGUGCGGAGCCUGUGGAGCAUGCGGCACUGCUUGCGGUGGUUGUGGUGCUUGCGGCGCUUGCGGCGCUUGUGGUGCUUGUGGUGGCGGCUGUGGUGGUUGUGAUGUUUUGCGCCAUGAACCUCACGGUGAUGAACGGCGCCACGCCUGUGAGCAUCUCCCAGUGCAACCUUCCUGGCAAGACGAUCGUCAUUGAUUCAAAGCAGGAUCUGACCGAAGUCUCCUACGAUAUUUCGGGCGGUCGCAUGAAGGCUGAUUUCCAUCGCAAGCUGAACACGGGCGACUGCACUGACUUGGUUCUCACCGCAGACACUCCGCUCUACAUCAUCAUGGCAAUGGGUGUCAAGGGCGACAUGAACGUGGUGGGGCACGGCUACUCAGAGACACAUAACGUGGUUUGCAUGGGCUCGAUGAUGGAGACCGUCGAGUGCAAGCCCCCGAGCGAAUGGGACGAUGUGCCUCCUACCCUCCCGCAGAGCACAUCUACCGCCGCGCCAGCUUUGUCGGGAUUGGCGGGCAUCUCCCUGGCCCUGUUCUUCCUGCAGUAG